AAGAAUUAUCAAAUCGAGGCUACUUGUUCGGCCAUUGAUGUUUAUGUCGCCGGUUUUUUACAGUUCCAAUACUAUCUAGGCUCAUCCUGCAAAACUACACAAUGCAUGCUUUGCAUUUUGCUUUGAUAGUGCUGUCGACGCUUUUAUCUUCAUAUCAUGGAGCUUUACAAGACAAAAUAGAAGAUGGAUUAGUAAAUAGCAAGGUUACAAGAACCGUGGAUCUCACAAAUCAUCUUCCAAAAGUUACAUCUCAAAUCACUUUAGAAAACACAGGGAAAAAUAGCGUUAGGUCAUUCGUGUUUGCAGUUGAUCCAUAUUUGAAGGACAAAUUGUCUUUCAUCGGAGCACAGACAAAAGAUGGAGAUGAAGAUUCACCUCUAACAGUUGCAGAAACAACAGUCUCCACUUUAAAGUACAUGGGCAAAAUCUUCUACAGAAUUGACCUGCCCUCACAGCUAGCAGCUGGCAAAUCUAUUGAUGUUACAGUUGAGACUAUCUACAGUCAUGGACUGAAGGCCUACCCCUCUCACAUCAAACAAUCUGAGAAACAAUUUGUCCAGUUCUCUAGCAACCUCUACCAUUAUUCUCCAUACAAAACAACCACACAGACCACUAUAGUCAACUGUGCAUCAAGCAGCAUAGAAUCAUACACAAAGAAGAAGCCUGUCUCUACCAGUGAUAGCACAAUCACAUAUGGUCCUUUUGAAACUAGAGAACCAUUUCAAGAUGAUGAGAUGGUUGUCCACUUUGAGAACAACCAACCAUUCCUGGCAGUGACUGAAAUGACACGUCUGAUAGAGGUGUCUCAUUGGGGCAAUGUGGCUGUUGAGGAGACCAUAGAUAUCAGACACACUGGCGCCAUCUUGAAGGGAUCAUUCAGUCGCUAUGACUACCAGCGUAGUAAUGAUGGAGUAUCAUCUGUGAAAUCAUUCAAGACUGUGCUGCCAGCUAGUGCCAAGGAUGUGUACUACAGAGAUGAAAUUGGCAACAUUUCCACCAGUAAUCUCAGAGAAGAUGAUGAUGCCGUAGAGAUAGACCUCAGACCAAGGUUCCCUCUGUUCGGAGGAUGGAAGACCCACUAUGUCCUGGGAUACAAUGUACCAAGCUAUGAGUACUUGUUCAACCAAGGUGACAGAUUUGCCCUUAAGAUGCGCUUUGUUGAUCAUGUGUUUGAUGAUCAGGUGGUCGACAAACUCACAGUGAAGGUCAUCCUCCCUGAGGGGGCAAAGAACAUUAAGGUUGUUGCUCCAUUCGCUGUAAAGGAAGAGCCCUCACAGUUGGAGUACACUUACUUGGACACUAUUGGACGACCUGUGAUUGUACUCACUAAGACCAACCUGGUAGAACAACAUGUUAAAGACUUUGAGAUUCACUACACAUUCCAGAAAAUGUUGCUUCUCCAGGAGCCACUGUUGGUUGUAGGAGCAUUCUACCUCCUUUUCACCCUUGUCAUCAUCUAUGUCAGACUGGACUUCUCCAUCACCAAGGAUGAAGCCAGCGAGAGCAAGAUGCGUGUAGCGGGCCUGAUCGAACAAGUCCAAGCAUCACACGACAAACGUAGCGCACUCUACCAGACCUACGAUGACUCCAUUAACAAGUUCAAGUCCAGCAAGGACUCUAGCACGUUUGUGGCCAACCGUAAGAAAAUAGAUGCUGAUUAUAAGAAGCUCACCCAGCAGAUUGGAGAUAUGUUGACCAAAUUGAAGGCUGAAGGUUCAGAUGCUGCUGAUAAGGUGGCUGAGCUUCAGAAGUUAGACAAUUUGUUCAAGGACCAAGUGAACACAGCCAUCACCUAUGCUGAGAAACUAAUCCAAGGAAAACUAGCCAAGCAGCAAUAUGUAGAUUUUGAGUCUACUACUCAGACCAAGAAAGAGGACAUUUAUCAAAAAAUGGAGGCUGUUAUGGCCACACUUUAACUCUUCAUUGGACACUAGAUAUGUUUUAUAUAAUUGCUAUGGCAACAAAUGUCAUGUUUGUCAAGAAUCAUAUUCAGUAAAUAAAGAGAAGACAAAUAUAUGUACUUAUUUAUUUAAGUGUUCUAGUUUUUAACAACAUUUUGCCAAGAGAGAUGGUUCUUGUUUGCCAAUCAUCCCGAGUCUUUGAUUCAAUAUUUUGGUUUGUUUUCUUAACGAACAUGACAUUGAUUGCAAGCCACAAUUCUCAUAGCUUCAUUAGAUGUACAUGUAUACUUCAGUACUUUCAGUGUCUAACAUUGUUCAUGUUGUCAUAAUAUAAAUAAUUCAUUAUUGAGACAUCUAUGAUUGAAAUUGAUGUCAAAAUAUAACAAUAUUGUCAUUUGAGUUAUCACUAUGACUUGAAAUUUCAGUACUUUAUAUCUGAAAAUCAUGAAUUCUAAAGUCAUAAUUUCAUUUACAUUCAUCCAGAUCAUACUGCCAAAGUCAUCUGAUAUCAGAGUUUUUAUCGCAACCUUUUCAUAUGAAGACGGUGAAAGUUGUUUCCCAUUAAAUUGUGUUGCAUUGUAUUGGUCUGAACAAGUGAUAAUUUACUAAGUAAUAAAUUGCAAAAGAAAUAAA